CUUUGGCUAGAGGGUGGAACUAGCUUCCUCUUACUAUCUCACCCCUCUUUUCCUCUUUGGGCCUGGUGCAGGUGUAUGUUGGGUACCUAGAGGGUAGAAGUUUCCCGCACCUCCCCAGAGAAGGUCUGGGUGCCCUGCCCCAAGCUUCCUAACACAGGACUUCAGUUUCUUGCAGAGGAGAAAUAGGACAGGGAGCAGGCCUGGUGCUGGCUCUGGCUCUCUGCCUCUCCACGUGCUCGUGGCCUCUCCCAGCCUGGUGCUAAGCGGUGUCAUGAGUCCGGACCAGGUUGGAGAUUAACUCUUGGUCAUGGGGGCACUUCAGGGCUUGGAAGGAGGAGGAGUGUCAGGCCCAAGGUCACCAACAGAGAGGGGUAGCUGCCAUCCUUGACAUAGCCCUCUUCCUGGGAGCCCAUGACACAGGUGGUCAGGUACCCCCAGCUGGUAAAACCAGCCAAGAAGGGGGCCGGGGCACACCUGGCCUGUGCCAAGCCUUGGCUUCAAUUGCCAGGCUCCAGCUUCCCUGGCUCCUCCUCCCAGCCCCUCCCCUCACCCACAUCCACUUAAUACCCUGACACCCAGUCCGCCCACUGCAGACAUUGGCAUUAGCUGUAGCUAGUGUGGAAACCUGGGAAGACUGGGAGCAAAGCCUCUCAAACAAAGGAAAAGAAGGAUUUGGGGCACCUACCUGCUAGCUUUCCCCAGAGGAGGUAAGCAGGGCACUGGGAGCUGGGUGCUAUGAGAGGAGUAUCCAGGUGUUGCAUGUAUUGAUAAGUCAAAGCUUUUCAUGUGUUUCCUCACACAUUAUCCCCUCUGACCCUCCACAAUUCCCAGGUGGACCACGGUGGGUGUUGGCCCCACUGGUAAAAUAGAAAACAGGUGAGAUACUCAGCAUCCCACAGUAAGUUUAGGGCCACCAGGACUAAAAUGUGGGGCUCUUUGCCCCAUGUGUUUCAAAAAAUAAGACCCAGUUUACAUUUAGAGAAUUUAGAUGUCCCUGGCUUAGCGGGAGAGGUGACUGCGAACCAGAUCCCUCUGCUCCUGUGCAGCAGGCCUGCACACAGGACCCCGCUAAUCUGAUAUUAGUUAAGUUAGCAACAAAUAUAGGGUCUGCCUCAAUCUUUGCUUUGCUUAGAGGAGCCAUAGUUUGCUAAUUACCCGCCCAGCAGAUAAUUUCUCAAUAUGCUCAGACCAGACUUCCAGUGAGGGAGGGGAGGAUAUUAGGGGCAAGGGUUUAAGAGCCAGAGUAAACUAGACAAGUUUUCCUGCCCAGUCUCGGCUGCCACCUGCAGGUCACUUGGGCUCUGGCCAUGUGGCUGCCUCUGCUGCUGGGAGUCUUGGUCUGGGCAGCGCUGUGGUUGUUCAGGGACCGACAGAGCCUGCCCGCCAGCGAUGCUUUCAUCUUCAUCACCGGCUGUGACUCAGGCUUCGGGCGGCUUCUGGCACUGAGACUGGACCAGAGAGGCUUCCGAGUCCUGGCCAGCUGCCUGACCCCCUCAGGGGCAGAGGACCUACAGCGCGUGGCCUCCUCUCGCCUCCACACCACCCUGCUUGAUGUCACUGAGCCCCAGAGUGUCCAGCGGGCGGCCAAGUGGGUGGAAACACAUGUUGGUGAAGCAGGGCUUUUUGGUCUGGUGAAUAAUGCUGGUGUGGCUGGUAUCAUUGGGCCCACGCCAUGGCUCACACGAGAUGAUUUCCAUCGGGUGCUGAGUGUGAAUACGCUGGGUCCCAUUGGGGUCACCCUUGCCCUGCUCCCCCUGCUCCAGCAGGCCAGGGGCCGGGUGGUCAACAUCACCAGUGUUCUGGGUCGCCUGGCAGCCAAUGGUGGGGGCUACUGUGUCUCCAAGUUUGGCCUGGAGGCCUUCUCUGACAGCCUGAGGCGGGAUGUGGCUCCUUUUGGUGUCCGAGUCUCCAUUGUGGAGCCUGGCUUCUUCCAAACCCCUGUGACAAACCUGGAGAGUUUGGAGAACACGCUGCAGGAGUGCUGGGCACGGCUACCUCCUGACACACAGGCCCACUACGGGGAGGCCUUCCUCACCAAGUACUUUAAAAUGCAGCGGCGCAUCAUGAGCCUGAUCUGUGACCCAGACCUGACCAAGGUGAGCAGGUGCCUGGAGCAUGCCCUGACUGCUCGUCACCCCAGAACCCGUUACAGCCCAGGCUGGGAUGCCAAGCUGCUCUGGCUGCCGGCCUCCUACUUGCCAGCCAGCCUGGUGGAUGCUGUGCUCACCUGGGUCAUUCCCAAGCCUGCCCAGGCAGUCUGCUGAAUCCAGCCUUCCAGCAAAAGAUUGUUUCAGUCCCCACCCGGGUACUGCCUGGUACUGGUACAAAAUAAGUACUGAAUAAAUGUGUAUUGUUAAAAAAAAGCACUGGAAGUGGGCAGAAAUGGAGUUGCCCAGUGGGGGACUGACCCCAUUUAAGUGCUAGCCCCUAGGCUGAUUUAAUGCCAAGGGUCUCUGGCCUGUUUAAUGCCUGCAAAACAACUAGCAACUAGCGGGAAGGGGGACAGAGGCUAAGGGAACUGGCUUGUGACUAGGUGCUCUUUGAAGCACAUGGAAGAAUGGCCACCAGAUGGCACUAUUGGACAUGUAUUUUCUACAAGGAGUCAAGUUGCAGCUCAGUGUUGGGAGUGCAAACGGCCUUUACCUGCUUUUCUUGGGAGGGACAGAAGGUGGUGAGGAGGGGUCAGGGCCAGGCUGGGUGGUUUCCAUUGGGGAAAAAAAGGCAAUACCCACUUCAGUUGCCUUCUAUUAUCUAAGUCCAGAAAGAUGGAUACUGGCCGCAAAGGUGUCAUAGCAACUUGUCACCAGCCUGAAAGGAGCCAGGUCCCCUUUGUUGGGGAGGGAGUUGCUGGGCCCUCAGAGGUGGGCAGAAGGCCAGGGAAAAGAUGUCCAUGGCAAAUCUGGGCUGGCCUCUCCCAGACAGAACCUUUGUGGGGAACCCCCUGACUUUUGAAGGAGAUGGCUUCAUGAACAUUGCAGCACAUGGCUAGGAGACAGGGAGGACAAUGGGCCACAGCCUCCAGAUCCCCCUUCCACUGCUAGCCCCACCAACGCCUUCAGCAAAACCUGCCUUUCCAAAACAUCCCUCCCCCCCGCCCCCUAAAAUUAGCCUUUCUUGCCCAAGGUGCAAAUACAAGGUCCCACAGUACAGGAACACGGUGGAAGAGAGGGAAAGGAUAAAGUAUCAUUCUUCAAGACAAACUGAGACUUUUUUUCAGUCUGAAAAAAUAAUCAGUUUAAUUGAAAAACCUGGAGUGUGCUACCCCACUCCCUUAGAUGAGGGGGCUGAAGCGACCAGACCCCUACAUCACCUCAUAGCCACUUCGGAUGCUC